AUGAUUGCUGACAAGCUAGCUGGUUUUGAUGUUGUCAUUGUGCACGUUGGCACUAACAACACUGAUAACAGUGUCAGCGUGUGCAUCGACAAGUAUCGCCAGCUCGCUCAGGGGAUCAUUGAAAGGAAUUCCAUGGUGCAUUACCGCCCAUGGGAAUAUCAGUACUCUUUGUUGAAUGACAACUACAAAAAGGUUAAUGCUGCCCUGAUGCAGUACUGCCACAAGUGUGGCUUCACUUUCCUGGGUGGUCUCGUGAACGACUGGCCCAGCUACCUGAGCAAGGAUGGUGUCCACCCGAGCCGCUUUGGUAACAAGGUGCUGGCAGACUACCUGUACCAGGAGGCCUGCACCUUGUCCAUCGAUCUGGAGAGAUGCCGCAUCCAGCAGUGCUACAAGGAGACCCAGGCACCUUCUUCAUGGACCGGCCGGACUCGCAGGACAGCAUCCCUGCCAUCUCAGAGGCUGACUUUCCCCCACUUGGUUUGCAUAUUUUCAUUUCUUCUCAAGCAGCAAGUGGACCUUCCACAGCACCAGCUCCUGUCUGGGAAGCCAGCACUGCUCCCUUGCAGAGGCACGACACCAACCAGCCGACCAGAACCCUUCAAGGUGCUGGCUUUUCACUUGUUGGCGGUGUCCGUGUCCGUUGCAAGGGUAGCAAGGCUUGGUGGACCUGGGACAGCCUGCCUUCCCCCAUUUUCCAUGGCACAAGUGUACCAAGCAGGGGAAAAGCUGAGGGGAGGUCUGAUGAGCCAAUGAUCCGUGGUCGAGGUGCAAGCACCACUUGUGUCAGGAGAACUA